AUGAGCUCCGAGAAGUUCCGUUUUGCCAUCGACCGAGGAGGAACAUUCACCGAUGUGUACGCUGAAGUCCCGGAUGGCAGAGGUGGCCACGAGAGGAUAGUCCGCAAGCUGCUCUCCGAGGACCCGGACAACUACUCGGACGCCCCUAGAGAAGGCAUCCGUCGCAUUCUGCAGGAGUUCACAGCUGAGGCCCACCCUUCAGAGGAGCCGGUCGACUGUUCGAGGAUCGAGUCGAUUCGUAUGGGUACUACUGUGGCUACAAACGCUUUACUUGAGAGGAAGGGCACGCCUUGUGCUCUGCUGGUUACAGAGGGCUUUGCUGAUCUACUCGAGAUUGGCAACCAGACCAGGCCUGCUAUUUUCGAUGUGAAAAUACGACGUCCUGACACACUUUAUACUAAGGUGUUGGAAGUACCGGAGCGUGUGGUAUUGGCUCGGGAGACUGACUAUUUGCAGGGGGAGGUGGUCCGGGGGAGAACAGGUGAGGAAGUCCGGAUCGAGCGACCACUGGACAAGGCAGCUUUGAAACCCCGACUCUUGGAGCUCUUGGAGGAGGGCAUACAGAGUGUGGCUAUUCUGCUCAUGCACAGCUAUAUUUAUGGAGAUCACGAGAGGCAGGUUGCGGAUCUAUGUCGGUCCAUGGGGUUCGCUCAUGUGUCGGCCUCGAGUGAGGUGCUGGCUAUGGCUAAGGCCGUGGCGAGGGGCCACACUGUGGUGGCAGAUGCCUAUUUGACCCCGACUAUCAGAACGUAUUUAAAAAACUUCUGCGAUGGCUUUGACCGGGCACUGACGGAGACGGAGAAUACGAGGCUGUUGUUUAUGCAGUCCGAUGGUGGCUUGGCUCGGAUGCGAGACUUCACUGGUCACAAGGCGAUACUCUCGGGUCCAGCUGGUGGGGUCGUGGGCUUUGCCAAAACGACAGCCCGUGCGCUUGGCAAUGAAGUGGCAGUAGUCGGGUUUGACAUGGGAGGCACCUCGACCGACGUAAGUCGUUAUGACCCUAAGGUUGGCUUUGAGCACAUUUACGAGACCGUCACGGCUGGCGUCACAGUGCAGGCUCCUCAACUGGACAUCACUACAGUAGCUGCUGGGGGAGGUAGUCUGUUGACCUACGAACAUGGCCUGCUGUGUGUUGGUCCAGAGUCUGCAGGAGCUCAUCCGGGGCCGGUGUGUUACAGGAAGAAGGGGGGCAAGCUGGCAGUGACGGACGCCAACUUGGUUUUGGGGAGGCUCUUGCCCAGUCAUUUCCCCCGCAUCUUCGGUGAGACCCAGGAUCAACCUCUGGAUACCGAAGCCUCACGGAAGGCCUUGGAGAAGCUGGCCCUGGACAUGGGUCUAGGGGAGGACGUCGAUGCAUGUGCUGCUGGUUUCAUUAGAGUGGCCAACGAGGCCAUGUGUCGUCCCAUACGCAAUAUGACUCAGAUGAGAGGCUACGAUGUAAGGACCCACGUCUUGGCGUGCUUUGGUGGGGCUGGUGGCCAGCACGCUUGUGCGAUGGCUCGAGCAUUGGGCAUCGACACGGUGUUCGUCCAUAGAUUUUCGGGGGUACUCUCAGCAUUUGGGCUGGCCCUUGCGGACGAGGUUGUUGAUAAGCAGGUCCCCUCUGCACAGAAGUGGCAAGUGGAGGGGCCUUGGAUGGGCACAUUGGAACAGCUGGAGAAGGAGGCGAUCAGUGCCCUUGAGAAGGCGGGCCACCAUGGCAACAUCCACGCCAAGGGCUACUUGAACAUGCGCUACUCUGGUACGGACACCAGCAUCAUGACCGCUGUAGAGGAAGGUGAUAAUGGAGACUACCGGAAGGCGUUUGAGAGGGCCUAUAGGAGGGAAUAUGGUUUCCUCAUGACCGGCAGAGAGCUGCUCAUUGACGACAUCAGAGUGAGGGCUAGAGCCGUCAAAGAGGAUGGUUUCGAGUUCACUCGCCCAGCUUCUACCAGCGAGUACGAGGCAAGGCGUGACGAGCUGUCGAGUGUUUACUUUGAGGGUGUUGGCCGUGUGGAAGAGACUCCGGUGUUUUUGGAGGCAAAUCUGAGACCGGGGGCACUGGUACGGGGCCCAGCGAUCAUAGUGCAGAGUACGGGGACCAUCGUGGUGGAGCCGGACUGCACGGCUAAGGUCAAUGGCGAUGGUGACUAUGUCAUAGACAUCAAUCAGCUCGGGGGCGAUGGCCCUUUGAUGGACGUUGAAGUGGCGGAUCCGAUCCAGUUGUCAAUUUUCAGCCACAAGUUUAUGAGCAUCGCCGAGCAGAUGGGCCGGUGUCUGCAGCGGACGGCCACCAGUGUUAAUGUGAAGGACCGGCUGGACUUCUCGUGUGCUGUCUUCGGCCCAGACGGGGGGCUUAUUGCCAACGCCCCGCACAUACCGGUCCAUUUGGGUGCCAUGCAGGAGGCUGUGAAGAUUCAGUUGAGUUUAUGGGAAGGCAGGCUCGAGCAAGGCGAUGUGUUGGUGUCGAACCACCCCCAGCUGGCAGGAGGCUCACACCUACCCGACAUCACGGUGAUGACGCCGGUGUUCGAGGGGGGUAGGGUGGCAUUUGUGGUAGCAUCUAGAGGGCACCAUGCGGACGUGGGGGGAAUUGAACCUGGGAGCAUGCCACCGAACUCGUCGUGUCUGGCGGAGGAAGGUUGUGCUAUUGUCACGCACAAGCUGGUCAGUGCCGGCCAAGGCUUCGAUGAGGCUGGUAUCACUGAGCUCCUCACUGCGGCGGGGACGAGGAAUCUCGAGGACAAUUUGGCGGAUCUGAGGGCACAGGUCGCGGCUAAUCAACAGGGCAUAUCCUUGGUUCACGAGAUGAUACAGACAUAUGGCUUGGGGGUUGUACAUGCGUACAUGCACCAUAUCAGGGAGAACGCCCGGCAGGCAGUUCUCAGUAUGCUUUAUACGUGGUCACAGAAACACGGCACGGAGGGAGAAGCUGAGGACUCAAUGGACGAUGGUAGUGUGAUUAAACUGAAGGUUCGUCUACAUCAAGAGAAGGAAGCCAAAAGGGCUAGUGCGGUAUUCGACUUCACCGGGUCCGGUCCAGAAGUGGUUGGCAAUACAAACGCCCCGCCUGCAGUGACGAUGUCAGCCGUUAUCUACUGCCUCCGCUGCAUGGUCGACUCGGACAUCCCCCUCAACCAAGGCUGCUUGGAAGCAGUACGAGUGGUCCUCCCCGAGCGCGGUCACUGCAUGCUCAACCCGUCUCCUGAAGCCGCAGUCGUCUGUGGCAAUGUUGUCACUAGUCAGCGAGUGGUCGAUGUCAUAUUCCGCGCCUUCCAAUUCUGCGCGGCUAGCUGUGGUUGCAUGACAACGUUACUUUUGGUGAUGCUUCCUUUGGCUACUACGAGACGUUGCUGGUGCUCUGGGGCUGGUCCGAGCUGGGAUGGCGUCAGUGGAGUCCACACGCAUAUGACCAAUACAAGAAUCACUGAUGUUGAGAUAAUGGAGCGCCGCUACCCUUGCAUAGUCCGCCACUUUGGUCUCCGUGAAGGCAGUGGUGGUGCCGGUGCUCACCCUGGCGGCUGUGGUGUACUGCGUGAACUCGAGUUCAUCCGACCGCUUCAUGUGUCGGUGCUGACAGAGCGCAGAGCGAAGUCACCGUACGGUAUGGCUGGUGGUGAAAGCGGGAUGAAGGGAUUGAACCUCUGGUUGAAGAGGGAGGCCGCACAAGUGGUUAACAUUGGCGGCAAAAGAACUGUUGAAAUGGCCAGAGGUGAUCGACUGAGGCUGCUAACGCCCGGUGGUGGCGGCUAUGGCCAAGCUUAG